GGACAGACCAGAACUAGACUUCUUCUUCUUUUUGGGUUCUUCUUCCCAACCGUCGUUCUUCAGUUAUCCUUCUGGGUUGAGCUCCACGGUCGCCAUUGUUGCAGCGGCUAGGACUGAAGCAGGCAAACGGCACAAGCUUUCCAGGUUCAAGGUGAGUCUUUAGUUGUUUUGAAUCUCCCGCAUGGCUUAUUCUAGCUCAUCGUCUUAACCAUGCUGCUAAGAUCAUCAUCCAACAGAAAAGGCCUAUAUAGGAAAGCCCUCAAUGAAUUCUCAACAUCAACAUUUCAAAUUCUUAAAAAACCCGACAAUAAAAACAUCAAAUUUAUCAUCCAUUGCAAUACCCAGAUUUCCAAGAAUGGUCGAAUCGGUAAUAUUAAGGAAGCUGAGGAUAUUUUUUCACAGAUGCCCAACAAAACUGUCGUCUCAUGGACUGCAAUGCUUACUUCUUAUGCUGAGAAUGGUCGGAUCAAAGAAGCACGUAGAAUGUUCGAUGAAAUGCCUGAACGAAACAUUGCAUCCUGGAACGCAAUGAUAACAGCUUAUGGUCGUACUGUCAAUAGAAUUGAUGAAGCUAAUCUGUUGUUCAUGCAGAUGCCUGAACGAAAUGCUGUUUCUUAUGCUGCAAUGAUUUCGGGAUUUGCUCGGGCAGGUAUGUUGUCUAACGCUAUACAAUUGUAUUAUAAAACGCCUGCCAAUUGGAAGGAUCCUGUUUGUGCGAAUGCGUUGAUUUCUGGGUAUUUGAAGGUGGGUGAUUUAGAAAGAGCUGUUCAGAUUUUUGAGGCUAUGUCUAUCAAAGAUGUAGUUUCUUGGAGCUCGAUUGUGGACGGAUACUGUAAGCAUGGAAGACUCGAUGAAGCUAGAAAACAUUUCGAUGUGAUGCCAGAAAGAAACAUUGUCACUUGGACAUCGAUGAUCGAUGGUUACUUGAAGAUGGAUUGUUUUGAACAAGGAUUUGGACUCUUCUUAGAAAUGAGAAAUGAACAUAGUAAAAUAAAGACCAAUCCCACCACAAUUACCAUGCUUAUUGAAGCUUGUGGGAACAAUAAUAGAUUUAAAGAAGGUCAGCAAGUUCAUUCUCUGGCUCUAAGAAUGGGACUUCAUUUUGAUGUUUUCUUGGGUAAUUCUCUCAUAACUAUGUAUUGCAAAUUCACUUCUUUAGAUUCAGCCGCCAAUAUAUUCAGUUCCAUCUCCCAGAAAGAUGUGGUUUCUUGGAACUGUAUGAUUUCUGGUUAUGUUCAAGCUCAAAAGAUUCAAGACGCCUACAAUCUGUUUCAGAGAAUGCCAAAGAAAGACGUUGUUUCCUGGACAACCAUGAUCACUGGAUUCUUCAGCAAAGGGAUGACCCAGAAAUCGGUUGAGUUAUUCGAUAUGAUGCCUAAGAAAGACGAUAUUGCAUGGACGGCUAUUAUUUCCGGGUUUGUGAGUAACUUAAUGUAUAAAGAAGCUAUAUUUGAGUUUGUUAAAAUGCUAGGUUCAUCAGUUAAACCGAAUCCUCUCACUUUAAGCAGUGUAAUUUCUGCUUCAUCCUGUUUAGCAGCAAUAAACGUUGGUACCCAAUUCCAUGCUUACGUCGCAAAAACAAACAUGGAAUCUGAUCUAUCCGUUGCAAAUUCACUCAUCUCAAUGUAUUCGAAAUGCGGGAAUGUAGAAACCGCGUCUAUAAUCUUCCAUAGGAUCAUAUCUCCGAAUGUCGUAUCUUACAACUCAUUGAUAACGGGUUAUACACAAAACGGGUUUGGUAAAGAAGCUAUUAAGGUGGUGCAGAGAAUGCUUGAAGAGGGUCAACAGCCAAACGACGUUACUUUUCUCGAGAUUCUCUCGGGUUGUGCCCACUCGGGGCUAUUGGAGGAAGGCUGGUAUUACUUCAGAGUCAUGAGGGAUUCGUAUGGGAUCGAACCGGGUGCUGAUCAUUAUGCAUGCAUGGUUGAUCUUCUUGGAAGAGGUGGUUUGGUGGAUGAUGCGAUGAAUUUGAUCGAAUCCAUGCCGGUUGAGCCACAUGGUGGGGUGUGGGGUGCGCUUCUUGGUGCAAGCAGGACACAUAUGCGGCCAGAUGUGGCUAAAAUAGCGGCUGAUCGUCUUUUUGAACUCGAAUCGGGUAAUGGUACACCUUAUUUGGUACUUUCAGAGAUAUAUUCUUGUGUGGGUAAGCAAUUGGAUGGGGAAAAAAUGAGAAUAACGUGUAGAACUAAGGGGAUGAAUAAGAAUCCUGGUUGCAGUUGGAUUAUUACUGAAGGUUAGAUUUGAAAUGGAGAGAUGCAACUCAUAAAUGGUGAUCAAUUCAUCAUGCAGUUUGGCGCAUAUUUUUUGGUCGAAGAUUUUACAUUAUUAUAAACUCUAGCAUUUCUUG